UGCAUGUCUGUGAUAACUCCUGUCCUCUAACAGUUAGCAAUUACCAUUUCUAUCAUUAAGAUAUUAUGCUAGCGUAACAAAAUAAGGAAUGUUUCAUCAAACUGGAUAUUUUGAGCGCAGGCUGGCGAGGAAGUCAAACACGACGUCAAGUUUAGUCCGGACGCGUCAAGGCGAACACGGAAGUAAGUGAGACUUGUUCUCUCGCUUCAGCACCGUCUUCUUUUCUGGUGAACCCAUAGCAUCAGUGUCGUGAACAUCAGAGGUCCUUUUUGUGACGAGAAAUUAGACGGUAUAAUGCCGCUCACGCAGAGAUCAAGGGUGACAAAUGUGAAGAGUGACGAGUGAAGUUUGCAGGAGCUCUGAUCCAACAUGGGAAAUACACCAUCAAAGAGUGACAGCGGAGAGGAGCCAGUCAAAACAACUUUGUUUGAAAAGGAGCCAAGUGGGAUAACAUACAGAAUUCCUGCUCUGAUUUAUCUGAGGCACUGUCACACCUUCCUCGCCUUUGCAGAGAAGAGAUCCUCGCCCUAUGACCAUGAUGCCAAAAUUCUUGUCAUGAGAAGAGGAACGAUGAAAGAUGAUGGAUCUGUUCAGUGGUCGUCCAGUCAGGAGCUGUCAACAGCAUAUCUGCCAAACCACCGCACCAUGAAUCCAUGCCCUGUGUAUGAAAAAAACAGUAAAACGCUGUUUUUGUUUUUCAUCUGUAUCUGGGGGAACACCACAGAGUUCAGGCAGAUCAUCACAGGUAAGAACAAGGCGCGUCUUUGCUGUGUGAGCAGCAGUGACGACGGGCAAACCUGGAGCCAAGCCAGAGACUUAACAGAAAGUGUGAUUGGUGAAACUAUCCAUAAGUGGGCCACAUUCGCUGUGGGGCCGGGCCACGGUGUUCAGCUGGAGAACGGUAGAUUGAUCAUCCCAGCGUACGCCUACUACGUCCCUUACAGAUGCUGUUCCUUCCCCAUUCCCUUCACAGUCUACCCACGUGCACUGUCAGUUUACAGCGAGGACUUUGGCCAGACGUGGCACAUAGGGAAGAUGCUUCGAAAAAAGUCAUGUGAGUGUGAAAUGGCUGAGAUCAUAGAUCACGAGGGUAGGAGUCAUCUUUACUGCAACGCUCGUAAUGCUGGAGGCCACAGGUGUGAGGCCUUGAGUGAGAACAGCGGUGUGUAUUUUGACAAGCCCCACAUUGCUCCGGAGCUCGUCGAACCUCCAUCAGGCUGUCAGGGCAGCGUGAUUGGCUUUCCCGCUCCUGAAUUUGUCCCCAACGACGAUGCCGAAAGCAAAGCUUGUGGUACGUCGCUCCUGUCUCCUGACACGCAAACCUGGCUCCUCUUCAUCCACCCAACUAACAAGUCUAGCAGGCGGGACAUGGGCGUGUAUUUGAACCGAUCCCCUCUGCACUCCUCAGGGUGGGACAGGCCCAGGAUCAUCCACAGCGGGCCCAGCGGCUACUCGGAUCUGGCUUACAACGGAGACAAGGAUCAGUUUUCCUGUCUGAUGGAGUGCGGGAAAGAGAGCGAACUGGAGCAGAUUGCGUUUAUGUCGUUUACCCUUAAUGAUGUCAUGCAGACGGGCACUAAAAAAGACAAGAAGAUGCGCUGAAUUGCUUUAUUUCUGUAUUAACAAAGCUCUCCAACAUUCUCCCGCAACCCUAAAAAUCCAAGCCACUAAAUAUGCUGUGCAGUAACAUCUGUCUGUGUUUACUGUUGUUCUACAGUCUGGAGAUGAUAAUGCAUGCAUGAGUCGUGUGUUUUGUUGUCUCCUUGUUUACAUGAAGAAGUAAUCCAAGUCUUAAUAGUAUUAAUAUGCAAGCGGCUGUGUAAGAAAGGAUUUUUAAUAGGCUGGGUGGCUGAUUGCGAGCAUGCUGUGCUGGACUGUCAUCUUAAAAACAGGCUUUGUGUGUAGCAUGUUUGACGAGUACUCCAUGCCCAUUUCUGCAUCUUAUUAAACUGUCAGUGUAUUUUGAGCAGUGGAGAGAAUUUGCCUACCUCUUUUUAUUUUCAUAUGAAGAUCAUAGCAGGCCUUGUAAAGUAGAGCGUAGAGUUUUCCUCCAUGCUCAGUCGCUCCUUUGCAUUAAGUAUAUACUCUGAUUCACAUAUGCCUUCAGCUCCACUGUUUCAACUUAAGCCUGUCAGUGCACAACCUUCUCUGUGGGUCACAGUGGGCGCCACACAGCUGGCAACUGAAAAGACAAACUUGCCACAUCCAGCUAAUCAAUGAAGAGACCAACCAAACUGUACCAAACUAUCCACGAGUUUGAGAACAUUCAGGCUACUUUGUACUGUACACAGAUUUCUAUUACAUUCAUUUUAAAAAGCAAUAUUUCCCUUGGUUAUCUUUAUUUUCCGGCACCUUCAGCAUGAUUUCCUGCAAAAAAAAAAAGUUCCCCACCUGGCAUCAUUAAUUUAGUGCAGUAUCAUGGCCAGGUACGAUUGGCUGGCUGUUGGUUAUCACGUGAAAGCAUGUGACAGCAUGUAGAAGAAGACUCACUAUUUAUAAGCCACUAGGGAUUUGAACACACACACACACACACACACACACACACACAGCCUAGUACUGAGCGACUUUAAAAUUCCAUCUUUGCCUAAUGUUGUGAGGCAGAGUGCCUCCCGGUGGUUCGACACUAGUUUCAUUGUGUUUUUGUUGACUGUUGUGGAAAGUGACAAAACCUGCAUGAAACAUGUAUUUUAGUAGAAAAUAAAAGUAACCUGUGACCACAA